AUGAGCAGUCGCUUUUUCAAGACCCUCAUCGACCACGAGGUCACCGUCGAGCUCAAGAACGACAUCCAGCUGCGGGGCACCCUCAAGAGCGUCGACCAGUAUCUCAACAUCAAGCUUGAUGACAUCUCCGUAGUCGAGGAGCUCAAAUACCCCCACAUGAGCUCUGUCAAGAAUGUCUUCAUUCGAGGCUCGGUCGUACGAUACGUGCACCUGCCUGCGGGUUCGGUAGACACCCAAUUGCUCGAGGAUGCUACAAGGAGAGAGGCAGCUUCUCAGUCAGCCAAGGCGAAAUGA